AUGAGUUCUUAUUUUGUCAACUCGACCUUCCCGGUGAGUCUGGCGGCGGGGCAGGAGCCCUUCCUGGGACAGAUCCCGUUAUAUCCCUCGGGCUAUGCGGAUCCUUUGAGGCACUACCCCACCACCUAUGGAGCCACGGGAGUCCAGGAGAAGGGCUAUGCCUCCUCUCCCUACUACCAGCAAAGCAACGGAGCCUACAGCCGCAGCUCCGCCUGUGACUAUGGGGCCGGCGGUUUUUUCAGGGAGAAGGACCCUGCGUGCGCCCCUUCCAACCUGGACGAGGUGCCCUUCGCCCCCGAGCCGCGCAAGUCGGACUGCGCGCAGAGCAAAACUGUGUUCGGAGAGAGCGAGGAGCAAAAGUGUUCCGCCCCGGUUUACCCCUGGAUGCAGCGGAUGAACUCUUGCAAUAGUUCCUCCUUCGGGCCCAGCGGCCGGAGAGGCCGCCAGACCUACACCCGCUACCAGACGCUGGAGCUGGAGAAGGAAUUUCACUUCAACCGCUACCUGACCCGGCGCCGGCGGAUCGAGAUCGCCCACUCCCUCUGCCUGACGGAGCGGCAGAUCAAGAUCUGGUUCCAGAACCGCCGGAUGAAGUGGAAAAAAGAGAACAAACUGCUCAACUCCUCGCAGCUGAGCGCGGAGGAGGAGGAGGAGAAAACGGCGGAGUGAAAGUA